CAUUCGCCCUCCAAAUCACCAAUCGAUGCCGCCGCCCACCGUGGCCCUCGCGAACCCCGAACCCCAGAGGCUUCAGGCUCACCGGAGGAUCGCUCUACCCGCAGGGGUUCUCACCGGAGAUCCGGGAAAGUCGCCGGCGCCCACGGCGGAGGCGAGGGUUUUUUUUUCUUUUAGGAGAAGAAGAAGAGAAACACGAGAUUGUCACGUGCUACCGUAUUUUACCUUUAUGACGAAACUGCCCCUGCCCCUCCUCCUCCAGCCUCCUGCCGGCGGCGCCGCCACCCAGCUCCGAUCCCUCCUGGCACCUGCGCGCCGCCUCGCGGCGAUGUCGGCGGAGGCAAAAACGGCGCUGGUGAGCGGGGAGUACCCGUCGCCGGUGUCCCCGCCCUACCCGGCCGCCUCCAAGGACGUGGAGCUCCGGCGCGCCAUGACCGCCUCCGCCCGCUCCGCGGUGUUCGCAUCCGCGGACGUCGUGUUCGAGGACGAGUGGCUCGCUGUCGUCAACAAGCCCGCCGGAGUCUACUGUGACGCCCUCCUCACCGCCCUCCCUCGCUCCGCUGCUUCAGGGGACUCAGCUAUAAAACCUAACCUUCACCUUGCCAACAGACUGGAUCGUGAUACCAGUGGGCUCAUGAUUAUUACCAAAUGCAACAAAGUUGCAGGGAAGCUAGUGAAGGCAUUCACUGAACAUAAAGUCAAGAAAACUUAUCUUGCACUUUGCAUAGGUUGCCCACCAACAUGGGAGAAGAUUAAGAUAUGUUCUGGUCAUGGGCGGUCGAAACAUGGUGCUUGGCGUGUGUAUGCUAUGCCUGAUGUUGGUCGGUCAUUACCUGGGGGCUCUGUUGUAAGGGACAUGAGCACAAAGUUUGAAGUUUUAGGGGUCAAUGGUAAAGGAAAGUUUAGAGAACCCUACAGCUUUUACAGAGAUGAUAUUGAGCCAAUUACUGUACAAGAAAAGGCAGCUGACCAGACCUGUAAUGAUGAUGUGAAGGACAGUGUAAUUUUGGUUAGAGCCUAUCCUCAAAGUGGACGGACACAUCAGAUUCGUCUACAUUGCCAGUAUCUUGGGUUCCCAAUCAGAGGUGAUGUGAAGUAUGGCGGGGUGAUUGAGUGGAACGGCUUAGAGUGCGAUGGCCAUGCACUGCAUGCAGAGAGCUUGUCAUUCGUACACCCUGUCACUGGAUUGCCCGUCACUUUCCAGUCACCUAUCCCUUCAUGGGCUAAAGAUUUUAUCACAGCAAUGGAAUAAAGUUCCCUUGAUCCUAUUGUGAUACACAAUGCUCAAUUGACACAGAUAUCCACCAAAGGUAAUAAUUCUGAACUGCCAAAACAGUUAUGCUCAUGAAGCUCUGGGAGCAUGGUUUUUAAAGCGUUAAGGCGAGGUGAGGCGAGCCACCACCACAUUAUCGCCUAGGCGGGCUAAGGCGGACUAAGGUGACACCUUAGGCGAGGCGAGCCACCACCGCCUUGUCGCCUAGGCGAUGCCUUAAGGACGCCUUAAAAACACUGUCUGGGGGUAGCCUUGGUCACUGACAACCUUUCUGGGGGGUUGUUUAUCAAAAACCCUUACUUUAUGAAUAUACUUUUGCAAAUACUGAGAUGAUUGUCGCAGCAUAGUUUUGACUUCAGAAUUUACUUAAAGCCAGAAGCUGAAACAAAUGGGGCCUAUUGCAUUUGUACUGUGGAGGUGUUGAGUCAUUUGUUGUAGUAUGCCUCUUCUUUCGAGUAUGUUUAAAUUGCUAAUGUAUGCACGCAUGUUGUAGCAUGGGUUAUUGGGUUGUUCAGAAAGAUAUACAGAAAAUUUCUUAGUAGACAACUCUGAACUGUCAAAAGCAUCUCUUGGAGGAGCAGCAUUGAUGAUUCAUUAGAGCCUUUCGCAGCACAACUGGUGGAUGUUCAAAAUCUGUACUUUGUGAUUUGGAUAAUAGAAAUACUGAGAUGAUUGCUGUACCACAAUUUUGACUUCUUACUGUAUUUGCAAGAUUUGUACCAGAGGGAUAUUGAUAUGCUUAUUAUACUAUUUCAACAAUGUAUGUACAACACUCAUGUUGUACCAUGGCAUAUUCUGUUCAACAAGAUAUACUGAAAAAUUGUCACCAGAUAUUUACUC